AUGAAGUUGAACAUCUGGUUUAUAACUGUUAAGAGUUGAUUGAAAUUUAGUGAGGUAUGAACCUAUCGGACUUUGAAAUAGAUUCCUUCGGCAUCGAGCAUCGUUCUUAGGGUGUGUCUAACUAGGGGUGUAGGAUCUGGACUUUCACUUUUCUGGUCGCGUUGGUCGCUUAAUUGUGUCCUCUCGGAUCACUUGAAAGGGCACUUACACUUUUUUUGAACUUUUUAGUCGUCUUUCGGAGAAAAAAGAUAGCGGAACGGAGUCAGUCAGUUCUAUUUUCGAGUUUCAAAUUUUGGAUUUGAAAUCGUGUUCGGUGGGAUCAGUUUGUGUUACGUAUUCAAGUCGAAGAGAAAAUACAUUGAUAGAGGGCGGAGAAUUGACUUCUUUCAUUCAAUUUCGCUCAGCGAUUUAGUUGAGAAAAAUUAAUAACUAAUUUUCGAGGGAAAAUACGGUCUACAGUGGAAAAACCGUUGAAAACCAAAUGCUUCUCGUUUUGUCGAAAAAAAAGUCGUCAAGUCCGAUGUCUUCUACGCAAUGCGUUUCACGAAAUAAAACAUGACGAGAAAUUUGCGCAAAUUUCUUUCUUUUUUUUUUUAAUAUUCUGACGUUUGAUGUCAUUUCGAAGGGAAUUUCUUGUUUGAAGGCGCUUGGGCGAGCUUUGGAAAUGCUUGGGAGCCGAUUGUUGAUCGGUCGGUUGAGCCUGUGCCCAUCCACGAGCAGCAACGCCUUCCACGCCACUUGCUCUUUAUUAUCCCUUCCAAGAGUUCGUAUAUUUCAUAUAGUUAAUUUUGCAAUUGGUUUGAACUUUUUAGGCGAAACCAUUAGAUGUAGAACUGACGAGUUCUGUUGGCGAGCCGACGCUUCACACGGCCCAACAGACUAUCAAGGAAAAUCCGCAAGUUCUCGAUUUGGGCAAGAGGAGGAUCAAAAAGAAGGACAUUGAUAUUGUCGGUACGGGGUGUUUUUGCGUUGUUUUUUCUGUUAUCAGCAAGUUUGCACUUUAGUGGCCGAUUCGCAUCUGUCGCAAUGGACGAAAAUGGAAUCGAAAAACAUCAUCAAAGACUAUUUGCAGCUGUCAAAGUCCAAGUUGACUCUCUUGAUCACUUCUACGGGUUUGUUUCAUUUUUAUUUUUUAGGAAAAUAUAUUGGGCCGAAAUAGUAUGAUCAAUCUAGGCCAUUCCGCACCAGCUUGUCAUGUUUUUCUUUCCGCCAAGUAAAAUUUGACCAACUUCGCUUCAAGACCUUUGUUUCUUGCCGUUACAAAAGCAGAAAUUUGAUCUAAUUUGAUAUAAGGUAUUUUUGGCGGAAAGAAAAACGUGACAAGUUGACGUGGAAUAGGCUAAAGAGCCUUCAAGGAAAAAUCAAAAAGGUAUUCUUUAAUAAUAAGUUACGUGGCUUAACGUGGAAGAUUCUUCAAGGCAAAUGAAAAUUUGGGUCCUGGGGAAAAAAUGCUGUAAGAUGAUAAAUUAUAGAGAAACCGUAAAAGAUCCUCUGAGACUACGAAAAACAGCUCAAGAGGGUUUCAUAGGAGUUUCAGGGAUAUUUUCUGACUUUUCAAAUUUUAAUUUUUUUUGAACUUAGCGGAAUCGUUUUGAAUUGUAGGAUUACAUGAGUUUUUUUUUGGGGAUCUUUUUUUUUCUCUGACAUCUAAAGAUCGCCCAAGCUCUUUCUCUGACACACACCUUUUUGUUGUAUCUAGCUGCGCGAAAGCGAGGAAAUAGUGUGGGUUAGAGAAAGAGUUGAAACGAUCUUCAGAUGCCGUAUUUCAGAGUAGUAGCUUUGUUAGUGGUUCCUCGAAAAAAGAUUUUUCAGUCAAAUCUGGCUAAACAUGUCCAUUUUCUUUGCUAGAAAAUUACGUGAACGCAAAAUUUUGAAGAGUUUUUUUCCAGCAGCCGCCGGAGUGAUGAUGGCCCCGGUUCCGUUGUCGUUCAGCGCCCUGGCGGCGUGUUCAGCCGGAACAGCUCUGCUUUCUUCUGCGGCCAACGCCUGUAAUCAGCUUCUCGAAGCUCCUUACGACGCCCAGAUGAAGAGAACUCAAAGCCGGGUCCUCGUUGUUCACAAGUGAGUCAUCAAUUUCUUCAUUGGUUCAGCUAAAAUUUAAGCGAUUCACACGAAAAUUGGAGUAAAAUAAUAGUUAUAGCUGAUUUUUUUUUACUUUGUUUGAUACUUGAUUUUUCCCGACUUUUUUUUUGUCGAAUAUGAUCAAAUUCCUGCUGUGUUUCGAAUUUUUUUUUUGUUUGUGGAUUUUAGACUUUUCAACAGUUAAUUAAUAGCUCCCAAUCCUCCAAAAAUAUUCAAAAAGGUCUUGUAAGAUAAUUUAAAGGGAUUUAUUUCCAUGGUAGUAAGCGUUUAUUCGAAUCUUGAACCAGUAGCGGAAAAUAGAAAAGAACUAAUUUUCCAAGGCCUGAACCCAGUAGCAAGUGAAUGAUUUCCUGAAAAACUUUUUUUUUACUCUUUGAAUAGUUUUUUUCUUAAGAAAAUACAUUCCUUCGAAUGAAAGGGUUCAAAAAGGUGUUUAAGCGUAGCCAAUCAAAAAAUUGAGAUAAAAAAACCUUUUUGAGUGUUCAUAUGAAGUCAGGCGUUUGAUUGUUCUACUCGUGAAAAAAAUUUUUUUCUUUGGAAAAAAAUUGUCAAAAAAAUUUCAGGUGAAAUUGAAAGCUCUAAACUGAAUUUUUUUGCCCGUCGUUGAAACUUAGUGUUCCGCUGUUUUUUUUCUAUAUAUAGAAGUGCUAAACUUCAUUUUCAAUAGAUUCACUCCACUGCACGCCUUCACAUUCGCCGGCGUGACCGGAGUCUCCGGAAUCGCCUUGUUGGCGACGUUCGCCAACCCCGUCGCGGCGGCUCUCGGCGCUUUGAACUGGUUUUUGUACGCCGGCGUCUACACGCCAAUGAAACGGAUGCACAUCGGGUGCACUUGGGCCGGGGCUGUGGUCGGUUUUUUUUCGACUAUAAUUGAACUUCCUUCACAUUAUGUUAGGUACCAUGUUCAACAGUGAAAAAUUUACUUUUUGUUUUAUGAAAAACCUGAUUUUUUAGUGGAGGUGUGACCAAGGAAAAUGACCAAAAUUGAGACCAAAACCCAAAAAAUUCCUCUAGCUAUAAAAAAAAAUAGUCUCCAGCUUCAUUUUCAAUAUUUUUCUGCAAUAUAUUCGACCAAAAAUACAGUGAAAAGGCCUGUUUUUAUAUGCGAAUUGCGAAUUUGGAUAAAAACAAUGUUUAUUGUUGGUUUAUUCGAAUAAUAGUAAACGAAAAGAAGUUGCGAUACUAAAAAGCGCGUCGAAAAUCUUUUGAAAAUUGCUCGGAUUACUCGAUAAACGAUAUUUCCUCAUGUUUUUCCGAAUCGAGUCUUAAUAUUUUUUUUUGAUUUUUUUUCCUGACAUUAGAUUGAAAUUUCAUAAACUUUCCUGCUUGAAAAGAGGGCUGGAACAGGAAAAAAAAAGUCAUAAACAAGGCUUAGUGCUCAUGAUCUACUUGAUUUACGUACUUCAAGGACCUAAACAUAAGAAGAAGAAUAUAACUCUAUUUCUCAGGUCGGAGCGAUCCCUCCCUUGAUGGGCUACGCGGCGGCGACGGGCUCCCUGGACAUGGGCGCUGCUUGUUUGGCCGCGAUCCUCUUCUCCUGGCAGUUUCCUCAUUUCAAUGGGCUCAGUUGGAACUUGAGAGGCGAUUAUAGUCGGGUUCGUUUUUCACAACAUAAAAUGGUACAGGAAAAGGUAGAAAAACUGUUUUUCAAGUAUAAACUAACUGGUUUUUCAUCUUCUUGAGUUGUGAGAAGUUUUGAGAACUUGAGAGGAAACUGUAGUCGGGUUCGUUUUCCCUUAAAAAAUGGUACAAGAAAAGGUAGAAAAGCUGUCUUUCCUGCAGAAAAUAUAUUGGUUUAUCAUUUUCUUGAGUUGUAAGAAGUUCUGAGAACUUGAGAGGAGACUAUAGUCGGGUUCGUUUUCCACAACCAUAUGUGGGAACUCAUUCGGCCUGGGAGGAGGGGUGGGCUUACACAAAUAUUUUGAAUAAUCAUCAAGUCCCAGCAUCAGGAAGUAGUUUCAGCCAAAAUAGUACAAGUUUUAGCUUCAGGGAGGUGGUAUUAACUUCAAUUUAGAAAGUUUUAGAAGAGGGGUCGGCGGCCUUUAAAAGUUUUCUGCCUAUGUAAGUUCACAACAAAACAAGAGGGUAAAGGAAAUGGUAGACAAACUGUCUUUCCAGUUGAAAAUCAACUAGUUUUUCAUCUUUUUGAGUUUUCUUAACGGUGGGUAGAAGGCUCAGAAGUGUAACCGAGGUGUUUUUUAGAAUCUUCCAAGAUCCACUUUCUAACAAAGGAACAAAAUGACAGACAUUUCAUGCUUUUUUUUUACUUUUUCGUUUUCCUCAAAACUCCAAAAAAAUAAGCCAAAACUGUUCAUAGAAAUACUUUAAAAAGAAAGUUACCUUAUCAAAUUCAGAAAUCAGUUAGAAAAGUAUCUUAAAACAAGAAAAAUGGGAAGAAACUUGUAAAGUUAAAAAAAAAAACUUCUCAAAUAUCACCUUGAACCGUGAUAUAAAGCUCAAAUACGACAUUGGCGAUAGUUUAAAAAUUUUCGAGAAAUCUAGCUUUUUUUGUGCUACAUUUUCUCUUUUGCGCGGAUUUCGCGUUAUUAGUUUUCAAAGCCAUUAUUCUGAAAAAAACGCAUCCUGGAAAUCUUAACUGAUAAUGGCUUUCAGGCCGGCUACAGAGUGAUGUGCGUGACGAACGAGCGUCUCUGCCGGGUGACGUCAUUGAGGCACAGUCUGGCCUUGGUCGGACUUUGCUCGGUUGCAGCUCCCCUGACCGACCUCACCACCAUGACUUUUGCCUUAGGUUAGUUGAUUAUAUCGAACUUUUGCCAGGCUCAGGCUGGAAAAUUCUAGUAGAAGGAAAGAAGAUUCAAUUAUUUUCAUAGUAGAAAAAAGGUAAAGAUACUUUUGAGCUUUUUGUUUCUGAUUCAGGGUUUGAAAGAUAAGAUCUUGAAGAAAAUGAGUGUUAAUUUGGACGAAAUAAAGACUGCUAAGCUCCUGAAAGGAAAAGCUAAGAAUUGUUGGAAUUUGAUAGAACUAGGUUGAAAAACUUACGGAAUAACUUAGUGAAGGACAAGAAGAAUCAUUCGUUUCAUUAUUAGAAAAAAAGGAAAAGAUAAUUAGUGAGCAUUUUGAUCUGAAGUUAUGGGUUGAAAGGUAGGAAAAAAGAGGGAAUUCGACAAUUUAAACGAGAUAUUUUUUUAAUUAGACAUUUUCAAGGUUGCCACGGUCCUGAAUAUUGGAAGUAGGAGCUUCAGAAAAAUGUCGGGAUACGAUAGAAUUAGGUUGAAACAUUUGUGAAAUAUCAGGCUAAAUAAAUCAUUUUUUUAUUUCAGAAACUUUGGUAGGAAUUAAGAAAAGAGGAUUUUUGAGCUGUUGGAUCUGAAUUCAGGGUUUGAAUUUAAAGGUUAAAUAAGAAGGGGUUUAUAUAUAUUCAACGAAAUAUUUAUUGUUAGUUCGAUUGUUCACUUAUUUCCUGAAAUAUUUUUUUGGAUGAGUUUUUUUAUAAAGAGUUUUGGAUUUUUUUCCUAUUGGAUAGAAAAACACUUAAAAAAACCUAGUAAAUGACAAAAGAUCCAUUUUUUUCAAAUUUCUUGAAGAUAUUACAAACUUUUUUUAUUUGAAUCCAUAGUUCGAAAGGAGAGAGAAAAGGAGAAAAUUCAAUAUUUUCAUGAACAAAUGGUUAGUUUGAACGUUUUCGAAGCCACCGAGUUCCUGAAAGGUAAGAAAACAUUGAAAUGAAGAAAAUACGUUUCAAGACUUCUUCAUUAAUUCCUUCUUGUCAUCACAAAGUUGAUUUCUCUGAUUUCUCUUUACAUAAUCAUCUCUAUUCUUCAGAUUCCCUCCCAGUGAACGCGUACCUUUGCUACCUGGCCUAUCAAUUUUAUAAAGCACCCGACGCGAAAAACUCCCGAAGGCUCUUCUUUUUCAGGUUUUUCUCUCCCUUACCAAAAUUAAAAUCAAUAAUUUUCCUUUUCAAGUUUGCUGUACCUUCCCCUGAUCAUGUUGCUGAUGAUCGUCUCGAACACGGGAAGAAGUCCCGAGCAGAAAAAGCCGGUGGAGGAACGAGUGGUCCACGCUUGGGCCAAGGUCAAUGGAUACUUGGGACUUUGA